AACGAUAUUCCCUUCACUGCUCCCACUGUGUUUUCAAAGGUCGGGCAACGCAGAAAAAGAAGAAAGAAAAGAGAAAAGUAGUGAGAGAGAGAGGGAGAGGAGGAAGAGAGAGAGGGGGGAGCUUAUUCACUCACUCUGAUAUCAAUGGCGGUUAGGGUUUUGCAAUUCACCCGAAUACAGUAGCCCGACCCGUGUAAAUCAUAAUUCGACCUUUUUCGUCCAGAAAUUUAACCUCUUUGUCUCUUUUUCUAAACCCUAAUUUUGCAUCCGAAGGUUUGGUAAUUUCUGUUCAGCAUAUUCUAUCCGUGCGGUUCGUGCAGUGAAUUUCGUGUACUUUGUGACGAGGCUAAGUUCUUUGGUUAUUUCCCAUGGGCUCGCAAGAUAAAUCUCCGAACGCUAGCAAUUCCAUGCAGCGUGUUAAAGUAUACCGUCUCAAUGAGGAUGGGAAAUGGGAUGAUCAAGGAACUGGCCACGUAACUGUUGAUUAUUUGGAGAGAUCAGAAGAUUUGGGAUUAUUUGUUAUUGACGAGGAGGACAAUGAGACACUACUGUUGCAUCGGAUCAGCUCGGAAGAUAUCUACCGUAAGCAAGAAGAUACAAUUAUUUCAUGGAGGGAUCCUGAGUUCUCAACUGAAUUGGCUCUUAGCUUCCAAGAGACAACCGGUUGCUCUUACAUAUGGGACCAUAUAUGCAGUUUGCAGAGGAAUAUGCAUUUCAGCACACUAGCCAGUGAGACAUUCCACAGCGUCAACAGUGAGUUGAGGGAGUUGCCUCCAGUUGAACUGUCUACUCUUCCUUUGAUAUUAAAGAUUGUUGAAAGUGGCAUUGCAGAUCAGUUGCGUGUGACUGAACUUAUUUUACAUGAUCAAGUUUUUUUCCGGAAGCUGAUGGAACUGUUUAGAGUAUGUGAAGAUUUGGAAAAUUUAGAUGGUCUUCACUUGAUCUUCAAAAUUGUUAGGGGAAUCAUUUUACUAAACAGCCCUCAGAUCUUUGAGAAAAUGUUCGGGGAUGAGUUGAUUAUGGAUGUAAUUGGGUGUCUAGAAUAUGAUCCGGAGGUACCUCAUUCCCAUCAUCGCAACUUUCUAAAAGAGCAUGUGGUUUUUAAGGAGGCCAUACCCAUUAAAGAUCCUGUAGUCCUUUCAAAGAUACAUCAAAGUUAUAGAGUUGGCUAUCUGAAGGAUGUCAUUUUACCCCGAGCAUUGGAUGAGGCCAUAAUUGCAAAUUUUAAUUCUAUUAUUCACUCAAAUAAUGCAAUUGUUGUUUCCUUGCUAAAAGAUGAUAGCACCUUUAUCAAGGAAUUAUUUGCUAGGCUGAAGUCUCCCAACAUUUCCACUGAAUCAAAGAAAACUCUGGUACACUUUGUGCAUGAGUUCUGUACCUUAAGUAAGAGCUUGCAGAUGGUACAUCAGCACAGAUUAUUUAGGGAUCUUGUGAAUGAAGGCAUUUUUGACGUCAUUGCAGAUGUUUUGCAGAGUGAAGACCAUAAGCUUAUUUUGACUGGGACAGACAUCCUCAUUCUUUUCCAGAAUCUGGAUUCAAAUAUAUUGCGUUCUUAUGUAGCUCGGCAGGAAGGUGUUCUGUUUGAACUUCUGGUGAAGAAUAUGCUUACAGAUUUUGGAGAUGAUAUGCACUGCCAAUUUCUUGAAAUUAUUCGAAGUCUUUUAGAUUCAUUCACUCCAGGAUCGCAGAGAGAAAACAUAGUGGAAAUUUUCUACGACAAGCACUUAGAUCAAUUAAUUGAUGUAAUAACAUCAUGUGCACCACAUAAUGGUAGUCAAAUGGACAGCAAAUCUGUGAGCUCCGAUAGAGGAUCCCGGAGUCAAAGUAAUGUGAAGCCGGAGAUAUUAUUAAAUGUUUGUGAUCUGCUAUCCUUCUGCGUUUUGCAACAUCCUUAUAGGAUAAAAUGCAAUUUUCUUCUUAACAAUGUGGUUGAUAAGGUUUUGUAUCUGACGAAAAGAAGAGAAAAGUAUCUUGUAGUUGCUGCUAUUAGAUUUAUCCGAGCACUUGUUUCUCGCAGUGAUGAGCAUCUGAUGAAUCAUUUUGUAAAGAACAACCUUUUCAAACCCAUUAUAGAUGCAUUUGUUGCCAAUGGGGAUCGUUACAAUCUUCUGAAUUCUGCAGUCCUUGAGCUCUUUGAAUAUAUCCGGAAGGAGAACUUGAAAGUACUACUCAGGUAUCUAGUUGAUACUUUCUGGGAUCAGUUGGUGAAAUUUGAAAAUUUAUCUUCUAUUCACGCACUCAAAGUUAAAUAUGAACAGUUGCUAGAAAGUGCGGGUACAAGAAGCAGUGCUACUGUGUUAGACCAAAGGAAACGAUUGGAUGAACGUGCUUUAGAGAAAGAGGAGGAGGACUACUUUAAUGAAGACAGUGAUGAAGAAGAUUCAGCAUCUGCACAUACUGCUGGCAGUAACAAAGGCCAAUCUCAACCUUCUGUAUUAGUUAAUGGGUCCACAACAAACUACCCAUCCCCUAGGGCUGGUGGACUUGUUGACUAUGAUGAUGAUGAAGAUGAUGAGGAUUACAGGCCCCCUCCUAAAAAGUUGACAGACAUAUCUGAUGAAGAUGAGGGACUGGCAGAGUUCCCCCUGAAACGCAAGUUAGUUUCAAAGGAGGAGCCUGAGCCAAAAAGGUUACAUCGUUCUCCAAAAGGCUUAAAGCCGAGAGAAGGUGUUUUUGCUGCCUUAUGCUCAACCCUAAGUGAGGCGGUACUACCUGGUAAGAGAGUAGGAACUGCAUCACUAAACAUGCCUCCAUCGAAUGUAAACCAGAACACUGUUGAACCAAAUCUGAAAGAGAAGGGGUCUGUUGACUCAUCUGAGCGCACCCAGAAUGCAGAAACAGAAAACAACAGUGAUAAGGAAGAGGUUUCUCCUAGAAGCUUUACCGAUGGGUUGAAUGAUUCUGCUGAUAAUAGGAAGCUUGGGGAUGAUUGUUCUUUGUUGCCACCAAAGUCCUCACCAGAAAUGGCUGUGAAUGGAUCUUGAGUUAUUUGAAAUGAGUAAUUCUGCAUUUUGAGAUACUUGGCUUCUGCUUGUGGAGUCGUCAUCCCGCACAUAUGGCCAAAUUUAAGAGAACUCACCCAGACAGAACGAGGGAUGAGAACAAAUGAAAGCCCCUCAUACUGGGAGAGGAUACUGUACAGUACUAUUGUGAGGAUGCAAAGGACUUGCCUGUAGGCUUUCCUUAUUUAGGUUUCCUCGCAAUUUCAGCUGGGUAAUUGUUGUCAUUGUAAGAUUUCCGUCAAUUGUAGCCUUUUACUAAUAUCUUGCCCUCGCUUGAUUUUCCUGUUUACCUCUGUGUUCUAUAUAGAUAGUCUGAAUUAUAUGUGAUACGGAUAGAGCAGUAAUGCUCCCUUGCAUAGUGUUCCGUUCUCAGGCAGUUGUGGGUCAGUGUUACUGGGGAAAAAGAAAAAGUUAUAGGGACCUCAUCAAGGCCAAAUUUUGUGUUUUGAUGGUAUUGUAUUUGAGUAUUAGGGAAAUGUACAUUAUACAGAGGAAAACUGUGUUCUAAUCAGCCACCAGAUGUACUUUUCCGAUGUAGAUGUAUGUUGGACAAGAGUAUAUUAUAGUUAACAUUUUGCUGUUCUGAGAAAUCUGUUAAGAGGCCAGUGAGAGAGCAUUUCGAUCCUCAUAGUUGCUAUUUUGAAUGAGUUAGAAAUCUGGAGGAAUGUUGUUUACUUGAUAGAUAGUGUGACCCCUGUCCAAAGAAAGUGUAAACAUUUUCAUAGCAGAAGAAUACCUGUAAACCUCUCUUUGUUUCAUGUAUGUCGAUGAUUUUAUUUCCUAAUCUAAUCGUUUGAGGGACUA